AAAGAAAAUUUGAGAGAGAGAGAGCUCCUCAGGAAGAGGAGCGAGGGAGAGGUCUUCGGGCAUGGGAGGAGGGGGGUGGGCGGCGGAGGCGAUGUUCCCGGACGAGGUAUGGGAGUACGUGUUCUCUUUUGUGGAGGCGGACGCGGACAGGAACGCGAUCUCGGUGGUGUGCCGGGGGUGGUACCGGAUCGAGGGGCGUUGCAGGCGUCGGAUCUUUGUUGGGAACUGCUACGCUGUUUCUCCGGCGACGGCGUUACGACGUUUUCCUGAAAUCAAGGCGGUGACCAUCAAAGGGAAGCCUCAUUUUGCGGAUUUCAAUCUUGUGCCGAGCGACUGGGGCGGCGGAGCUGCUGCGUGGGUGGAGGCCUUGGCGGAGGCGUGUCCGCAGAUGGAGGAGCUUCGGUUCAAGAGAAUGGUGGUCACGGAUGACUGCCUUGAGCUUAUCGGGAGGUCAUUCAGGAACUUUAAGGUGCUCUCGCUUGCGUCGUGCGAGGGAUUCAGCACUGCUGGGUUGGCAUUCGUCGCUUCCAAUUGCCGAAACCUAAGGGAGUUGGACCUGCUGGAGAAUGAUUUUGAAGAUAAUUGUAGCCAUUGGCUGAGUCAUUUCCCAGAAUCUUGUACCUCGUUGAUAUCACUUAACAUUGCAAGCCUUGAUGGGGAGAUGAAUUAUUCUAUCCUCGAGCGGCUUGUGAGCAGAUGCUCUAAGCUCAAAACACUCAAGCUCAACCACUCUGUGCCUCUUGAUCGGCUUGCUGGCAUUCUCUGUAAGGCCCCACAAUUGAUUGACCUGGGAACUGGCAGGUUUUCAGCAGACUCUCGUCCAGAGCUUUUUGAAAGACUUGAAUCAUCAUUUACAGGAUUUACAGGUCUCAAAAGCUUAUCUGGUCUUUAUGAUGCUGUUCCUGCAUAUCUUCCAACUAUCUACUCAGUGUGUGAUGGACUUAGCUCACUAAAUUUGAGCUAUGCUACCUUGCAAAGUGCUGAACUUACAAAGCUAAUUACCCGGUGUAAAAAUCUCAAGCGCUUAUGGGUUAUGGACUUGAUUGAGGAUGUUGGCCUUGAAGCAGUUGCAUCAUCUUGCAAGCACAUUGAAGAGCUUCGUGUUUUCCCUUUCGAUCCAUAUGAUGCAGAACCUGUAUCUCUCACAGAGCGUGGGCUUGUCAGCGUGUCAGCUGGUUGUCCAAUGCUUCGCUCCGUGCUCUACUUUUGCCGGCAAAUGACAAAUGCGGCGCUCAUCACCGUUGCAAUGAACAGCCCCAGUUUGACAUGUUUUCGACUUUGCAUCCUAGAGCCACGAACCCCCGAUUAUCUCACACAACAGCCACUAGAUAUCGGCUUCAGCGCCAUUGUUCAAUCAUGCAAGGAGCUCCGUCGUCUCUCCCUCUCUGGCCGCCUUACCGACCGCGUGUUCCAUAGCAUUGGAGCAUAUGCAAAUCAGGUUAAAAUGCUGUCAGUUGCCUUUGCUGGAGACAGUGACGCUGGCCUUCAUUAUAUUCUAUCAGGUUGCAGGAGUCUUAAAAAACUGGAGAUCAGGGAUUGUCCUUUUGGGGAUAAGGCUCUUCUCGCCAAUGCUGCGAAACUGGAGACAAUGCGAUCCCUUUGGAUGUCGUCGUGCUCCAUAAGCUUUGGGGCUUGCAGAUUACUGGCACAGAGAAUGCCAAGGCUAAAUGUAGAGGUUAUCGAUGAGAGGCAGGAAGGAUCACUAGAAUCUAGGCCUAAUGACUGCCCAGUUGAGAAGCUCUACAUAUACAGGACAGUUGCUGGUCCUAGAUCUGACAUGCCGGCUUGUGUUUGGACGGUAUAGAGGUAUAAUUUUGUGUAGGAUGAAAGAAUAGAGCCUCAGUUCUAAAGCCUUGUUGUCAAAUUAAAUAAAUAGAAUGUAUUAACUUAUAGUGAUCUUGUAUUAUUGUUUAGUGAGGAGCUCUUAAUGGAUUUGCUGGUCGGCCCUAGUUUAAUGUAAAUGAGUGUUUCUUUUUUUUUUUCAUUUCUUUAGGUAGUUCAUUUGCCAAACCUUGUAUUUUACUUCAUAGUUUUGCAUCAUCCAAGAAAUUUCAUAUUUAUUCUAUUGUUGGAUUUAUCUGCU